CAGGGCCGGCAGCCCCACUUCUGCAGCGGGAGCAACACCAGCAAGCAGGACCUCAGAGAGGAGAGGAGCAUCUCUCAUCUCCCCAGGAGCAAAGGCAAGGAGAAGGUAGCAGCCAUGGUUGUGGUGGGGUUACCCUCUCUAGGACACAGGAGAAGAGCCCUUGCUGCCCAGGCACCAGAGCUGCUGGCUUAGCCCUGGAGGGGGAUGCCGAGCUGGACGAGGUCAAACACCACGGACAGCCUAGAGCUGCUCUCCAUCCCUGAGCACUCCAUUGCCCAGGAGGUGGUGGGCCUCUUCUGCAUGAUCCUGCUCACCCUCACCGCCCUGGUGGCCAACAUCGUGGUGAUGGUCAUCAUCCUCAAAACGCCCCUUUUCAGGAAGUUCAUCUUUGUCUGCCAUCUCUGUGUGGUCAAUCUCCUCUCAGCUAUUUUCCUCAUGCCCCUGGGGAUCAUCUCCAGCUCCUCCUGUUUCAACUGGGUUAUCUACAGCAUUGCUGAGUGCAAGGCUGUGAUAUUCCUGAACAUCUGCUUCAUUAGUGCCUCCAUUCUCACCAUCUGUAUCAUCAGCGUGGAGCGGUACUACUACAUCGUCCACCCCUUGAGGUAUGAGGUCAAGAUGACCAUCAGGCUGGCGGUGGCUGGAGUGGUUUUCAUUUGGGUCAAGUCUGUUCUCACCACUGUCUUGGCACUAGUGGCAUGGCCUCAUGGCAAUGGGGCCACCAGUGCCAGCCGCUGCACAGUCUACUGGAGCCCCGGGGCCCACAAGAAGGUUUUUGUGAUCCUCUUCAGCAUCACCUGCUUUAUUCUGCCCACCAUCAUUAUCCUCGCUGUCUACUCCAGCAUCUACCGCGUGGCCCGGACCGCGUCCCUGCAGCAGGCACCUGUGCCAGCGCAGGCAGUUGCACCCAGACACCGAUGUGACUCCAUCGCCAGCCAAGUGACCAUCCUCACUGCCAGGAUCCUGAUGCUGCCCAGGCUCAUCCCAGAUCGCCUUCUAGGAAGCAACAAGGCCAUCCUCACCUUGGUCCUCAUUGUGGGACAAUUCUUGUGCUGCUGGCUGCCUUUCUUUGCUUUCCACUUGCACUCCUCUGUCACUGUUGGCACUGUGGGUGGUGGGCACGGGGAGAUGGUGGUCACCUGGAUUGCCUACUCCUCUUUUGCCGUUAAUCCUUUCUUCUACGGGUUGCUGAACCGCCAAAUCCGUGAGGAGCUGGCCCGGCUCCGUCGCAGCUGUCUUAACCAUCCACUUGGCCAGGAGCUCUGUCUUUCCAUCUCAGAGGCUUCUGUUCAGGAAAACUUCUUGCAGUUCCUCCAGAGAGCAACUUGCACACUGGAGACCCACACCAGCUGCAUCAGCCCCAGCCCCAGGAACAGGCUGGACCAGACCACAGCGGGCUUCCCCACCCCAGGUCAAGUUCCCGAAGAGAGCAGCUGAGAAGGAGGCUCUG